AUGCCAGGUGAUCUUAACUUGAAAAAGUCAUGGCAUCCAGGUUUGGUUAAGAAUCAACAAAAGAUAUGGCAACAAGAACAGGAUGCCUUAAAAGAACAUCAAAAAAUAAAAGAAAGACAAAAAGAACUUGAAGAGGAACGUGAAAAGGAAGAGCUCAUUAGGUUACAAUAUGGAGAUGAUAUUAAGUCAAUACCUUCCGAGAAAAAGGUAGAACUCAAUAAACUUGGGUGGAUGUAUGAUACACCAAAUAAGAAUUCUAGCGGAUUCAAUGAAAUGAGUGGAGAGUUUCUUGAAGGAAAGAAAAAAGUUGAGGAUAUGUUAUCAGGAAGACUGAUGAUUAAUGUUCAAAGUAGUAGAUUGGAAAAGGUUAUUGGAACUAAACCUUCCUCUAGUGGAAAUGCAUUAUCUUUUGGCGAUGACCCUUUGAUGAAAAUUAAACAGCAAGUUCGUAUUAGUAGACAUAAGCUGGGCCCAAAUGGAACUGAAAAAGAUAGAGAGCUGCGAAGUAGUCUGUCAAGGCAUCUGAGCUCAAGAGAUCUGAGUUCAAGGCAUAGAGAUAGAAGGAGAUAUGAAAGGCAAGAAAAAGAACACAGAUCAAGCAGUGAUAGAGAACGUAGUCAUCGUGAUAGAAGUCAUAGAAGUGGUGAUCAUAGAUCAAGCGAUCGUAAAUCAAGAGACAAAUCACCUACUAGAACAAAAACUUCACCGACUGCCCCAAAGGAAAUACUGUAUUAA